GACCUCAUUUUAGUGAUUAGGGCCUAUAGACUUUUAGCGACUUAUUACAUUAGACUUAAUUGUUACUUAGACUGUUAACUGUUAGUGUUAGGUUCUUUUUAAUUAUGUCUGCAAUUCUCGAGACUGCUGUUACCCUAUAUUUUUUAUUUUUCAGUGACUCAAUUCUGAAGUAUUUAGGUGACUGGUGCUCUAGUAGUGCCAGUGCCCAGUGGUGUAGAUGUUACCGAUGGCCUAAAUCUUUUUUGGAGAUCUGGAGCGACGAUGGGGGACGUUCUUGACAGUGCUGGAAUAAAACUGGAAUCGACAGUGAAACGGGCGAAGGCGAUACUUAUAAUUAAUGCUGGGACGAAUAAUUUAAUUCAGGGAAUGGGUCCAGUCUGUGUUCGGGAUGAGGCUUUUCAGAUAAUAAGGACAAUAAGGUCGAUGAAUAAAGAUUGCAUUAUCUUUAUUUCGGGGCUAUUACCCAGAACAAGGAGUCAGCAUAUGUCAGGAAAAUCAUUUAAUGAGAGGAAACAACACUACAAACAGAUAGAUUUAAUGAAUCUCAUGAUCGACCAAACCAACCAGCUUCUGCUCGAUAUGUGUGAGAGUUUGCCAAUGACAACUAUGAUUAUACAUAAGAACAUCGACCUCUGCCGUGACGGCCUGCAUACAGCUAGACUGGGUAUUAAGAAAUUGGCAUCGUCGAUUUUUGAUCAUUUGAACACCUUGAAUUGUAGAGAAACACCAUUGCGAGUACCAGUACCACUACCAGUACCACAUGACGGUUUUUUCCUCAACUUGGCAUCAAUAUCGAACGCAAGCAGUGGACAGGGGAUCUUUUCAGUGAAGUUUGUGCUAAGCCAGCGAAGAGAGCAGAUAGCAUUUGAUCACGGAAAAGCAGAAUAACCACAGAGAAGACU